CGUAUAUAUUCCUUGUAGCUAACUUAUUGCAAUGUUCAAUAACGACUGCCAAUUUGGCAACGUUUACAGGACAGUCACAAUUUCUGACCGAUGACAAAAGAGGAACAAAUUGAUAGAUUUAAUAAAAUGAAUGAAGAAGUAGAGCCGUUCAGACAGAAUUUGACGGACUGCGCUCGUCAGGUCAAAGCAUCUAUGAUCGACGUGGAGCAUUUUUUAAAACGCAUUCCGCAGUCGUCGAUGCAGGGCAAAUGUUUCGUGGCCUGCAUACUUAAACGAAAUUCUAUUAUAGUAAACAAUAAAAUCUCCAGAGAGAAUCUUUUGGAGGCCAAUCGAGCUGUCUACGGCCAAGAUAGCGAAGUCAUGACGAGAUUGAACACCGCUAUAGUUGAAUGCAGCGACGUUGUUGAAGGCAUAUUCGAAGUUUGUGAAUAUUCAUCCGUUUUUAACGACUGCAUGCACAUGAAGAUGGAACAUAUUUUGGAUAAAGUGACGAUGGAAAGAAGGAUGGAGGCGUUGGGUCAGAUGACAUCGGAUCCGGAUGUUUGGACCGAUGAGGACGAUGAAAUACUUAAGCUAAUUAAGGACGAAUUGUGAAAAUAUAAUUUUAGUUUAAACAAAAGUUCUAUAGAGAAUAUAGUAAACAAUAAAUCUUAUACAUAAAUAAAUAAUGACUUUUAACACAA